UGUGUAUGACAACCCCAAAUUAAGUGCAAUGAACGACGCAAACGGGGCGGUCGUGCGGCACGUGUUUGGUUUUUACUGUAAUGCAGUUAUUAUGAAUAAAAAAGUUUAGUUUCCUUAAAAACUUAUUGGAUUUUAGUACGAAAUUCACAUUUGCUGUGACAACUGGUUAUGAUUUGAUCGUGCCAGCCGAUUGCCAUACAGAUGCCCGUAUCAGUUUUAUGAUAUCGGUGGUGACCCUGUGAGCCAUGGAGAUGACGCAUCAAGUGGGCGCGGAGGCGGAGAGCCUCCUGCGGCCGGACCAGAGGGGCGGUGUCAUCAUGCCAGGGCAGAGGACAGGACGCUGGGAGGCGGAGGGAGAGAAGGCGCCGUUCCUCCGGAACGAGCCCGUGAAACUGACACCCGCGUGGGAGGCCACCAACCUGCCCAAUGACACGCUCAACUUGAAAGGUAUAGCCAUGGACCUAGCACCGCCCAAGGACAAGUACCACAUAAUAUUCCUGACGCUGAUGCUGCACGGACUGGGCACGCUCACCGCCUGGAACAUGUUCAUCACCGCCAAGGACUACUUCGUGAAGUACAAGCUGGUCAACGCGCCGGACUACGCGGACAACUUCCACCCGUACGUGGGCUGGGCGAGUCAGAUACCGAACCUGCUGUUCAGUUGGUUCAACAUAUUUGUUAAGAUCGGCGGCAACUUGACGACGCGCAUAGUGUGGUCGUUGAUGAUCGAAGUGGCGAUAUUUGUGUUCACCGUCGUCCUGGCCAUGGUGGACAGCUCCGAGUGGCCAGAGGUGUUCUUCUGGCUCACCAUGGUGUCGGUCUUCUUUCUUAACGCAUUCAACGCGAUAUUCCAAAACUCCGUGUACGGUGUAGCAGCCCGCCUACCUCCCAAGUACACUGGCGCUGUGGUGCUCGGCUCGAACAUCUGCGGUACUCUGGUGGUGUUCCUCAGUUGGACGUCGGAGCUGUUCGACAGCAUUCGCACCUCAGCCAUAUACUACUUCAUAGGCGGCAUGUUCGUGCUGCUCAUAUGCUUUGACACGUACUUCGCGCUGCCGCUCAAUCGCUACUACCGGUACCACGACACGCUGCAGCAGCGCACGCUGCGCGUGAACCCGGCGCUGGCCGCCACGCCGCAGCGCGCCGCCGCGCCCGCCACGCCCUACGGCGCCAUCCUCGCGCACUCCUGGGUGCAGCUCUACAACAUAUUCCUCACCUUCUUCGUCACGCUCACCAUCUUCCCCACCGUGCAUUCAGAAAUUAAACCAAACACACCUGAUUUCCUGGGCACAAAAUUCAUGAUGAUCACAUGUUUCUUGACGUUUAACUUCACUGCUAUGGUGGGCAACAUCACAGCCAGUCUUGUGCAGUUUCCUAAUCGUCGAUGGCUAGCUUUGUUCACGACGAUAAGGAUACUGUUCAUACCAUUCUUCCUGCUAUGCAAUUACAUACCGGACAAACGGACAUUGCCCAUAUAUGUCACCAAUGAUUGGGUGUAUUGGGUGGUCUCCGUGCUGAUGGGCUGGAGCUCUGGCCACUGCAGCUCCCUUGGGAUGAUGUAUGUUAGUGGCACGGUGGCGCCAGAGCACGCAUCCACUGCGGGCAUGAUCGGCGGCGCGACGCUGGUGACUGGCAUUGUUGCAGGCAUCACGUUCUCCCGCUUCUGUCCCAUCAUAGUCACCAUGGAGUUGUGGCGCGGCAUCUAGCGCAUGCUUGCCUACCUCGCCACCUACUGGGACCUCGCUGUCAAGUGGCUGGGCCAUUGAACUCCAAGUGUUCAGUCAGGCCACUCCACUAAGAGCUGAGCUGAUGGGCCAUUCUGGACUUCAAGCAAACCGUGUAACAGAACCAUAUGUGUUCAUGUGUUGGUGUUUCUGUGACAAUUAAGUGAAUGGGUGAUCUAAUGUAUUCAUAUUAUCGCAACAUUUUGUUUGUUAUUGACUAAAGAUUUAAAGGAUUAGUGACAAAAAAACAAAUUAUGACAAUAGUUUAUUUGAAAGUGAUUUUUAAUAUAUAUUUAUUCUUUACAAAUAAUAUCUUUAUAGUUUUUACUAGCAAAUACUAGCUCAAUGUUGCGAUGGUAUUAUUUAAAACAAUGACAAGUGACGUGACAGAUGGUGAAGUGGCAAAUUAUUGCUUUUAUAAGAUUGGUUUGAUUAGUUUUUGUGUUAGUGAAAAUGUUAGUUUAAGAGAAUAUUAUUUAUUUUCACUAUAAUUUGAUAUUUGCAUUUACGAUGUAACUAAUCUUGCGUACUGUAAGUAUUAUUUGACCAAAACCCUUGAAUCCGAGUCAGAAGCUAUGACUGUUAAUAUUAAAUGUUUAUUUUGGUGCUUUGUAUCAUUUAAGGGCAAGUGUUGACUUGUUUUGAUAAAGACAUCUAUACAGAUAUAAGAACAGCUCUUUGGGGUAACUAAAAGGGUUAAGUUUAAAGCUCUAUAAAAAACAUUUGACGUAAAGUUUGAUGUUAAUUUAAUACACACAAAUUAUUACGUAUAUUUUUUUUCAUGUUUGGUUAGAGAGAUUGGUUUUAGCUCAUUUAGUUAUCCUAAUGUUAUUGAAGUAACAUGGCUAUGUAAAGUUAUACAUACUGUUAAUGUUUGUAAGUGGCAUAGAAUAUAUUUAUUAUAUAUGUAGCUAGUACAAAACGGUUGGAUAUAUGAGCGUUAUAUAUGAUUAGCAUAGUUUUUAUAAUAAGUGUUUAAGAGCUACAUUGUUUGUUUAAAUUUUAUGUAUUUUGAGACGAUUAUGACUUGUUCAAUUAAAGAUCAUGCUCUGCUACGUUUUUUACUAUUUGCUGUAAUAAAGUUUGAGUUAAUAUGUGAAGUUAUUAGCAUUACUAUAUGUAUACUUGGUUGUUUUCCUUAAAAAUUAAUUAAGUAAAAUCUGCUAUUUUCCCUUUAUUCCUAAUUUGUAACAAUAAGUAUGAUAACUAAUCCAAAGUGCUGUAUUUAAUGUAAUGACUAAUGUUAAAAGAUAGACAAGUUUGUUUUAAAAUCAUGAAAUCGUGGAUAGUUUUAAGACGCACAAGAAUCUGUUUGUGGUAAUAAGUUAUCUGAAUUUGAACAUUAUAAAUAUCUGAAUUUGCAUGACUGUUGAAUAUCGACAGAGUGUACGCUUGUACUUUGAUAUUAGUCUGAUUCAUUUGGGGCGCCAUUUUGACUGCUUUGAGGCUGGCAACUGGUUUUCCUUUUAUUUUAUUGAAGUUAUUGUUUGGUCUAAUAACAUUUAGAUGUCGCCAUUUUUUGUUAGUAAACUUAUGUUUGGCAGACUGGAAUCACCUACUUUAUCGAUAUCGAUAUGGAGACUGGUUCAACAAAGUUAUGUGGGUUGAAUUGAUUAUAUAGUUAAAUCACAAGAUCGAGUUAAUUUUUAAGUAAUUAUUUUGAUAUCAUUAAUCGAUAUUUAUAAGUUAUCGAUAUCGAUAAAAUGCAAUUUAUUAGGUCGAUACUGGCAGAUGACUUUAGUGCUUAGAUGUUUUAUUUUUACCUUCCUUGUGUUCAAGACAUAAACCAAAUAUUUUUAAUCCACGAGAUUCAAGAACAAAAAUUCAUUUUGUUUUCAUAAGUCGACCAUUGUUGGUUCAAUAGUGUGUAUUUAUUUCAUAGUAAAAUGUUUUUUUUCCAUA